AGGAGAGAGAAAGAAAGAGAGAGAAAAUGGAUAGGGUGUUCUCAGUGGAGGAAAUAUCCGACCUGUUCUGGUCGCCGCCGCCGUCGACGUCGAAAGCAAACGACGAGUCGUCGAAGAUGAAUCGCAGCUCAUCGGAAUGGGCCUUUCAGAAGUUUCUCCAGGAGGCCUCUGUCUCCGAGGCCUCUCCUAGCCGACCGCCGCCGCCGCCGUCUUCUUCUGCGUCCGCCGGCGACGAAAACGAUGUCGUGGAGAUCAAGGUCAAGGAAAAUUCAGAACUUCUGAGGAAUCCGGCCUCCUUCAGCGGCCAUGCCAAUACUCCCGUCGACUCCGAGGAUUACCAGGCCUUCCUCAAGAGCAAGCUCAAUCUCGCAUGCGCCGCUGUCGCUAUGUCCCGAGGAUGUUUUGGCAAAAUCCAAGAUUCUGCUGCUUCGGCUGAUUCUGGAUCUCAGGCUUCCAACAGUUCACAAUUGGGGACUCAAUCUCCUUCUAAAGGAGCUGGGUAUGAUUUAUCCGGGUCCCAAGACAAGGAUGCUAAUGGAACGCAUGGUAUUCCAGCCUUGCCCAUCCAUAAGAAAUCUGUGGUUCCAUUAAAGCAAUCAACUAGUGGAUCAUCGAGAGAACUGUCUGAGGAUGAGGAAGCUGAAGGAGAAACUGAAACGACCGAGAAUAUGGGCCCUGCUGACGCGAAACGUGUCAGACGAAUGCUUUCCAACAGGGAGUCAGCUAGACGCUCGAGAAGAAGAAAGCAGGCCCAUUUGACAGAACUUGAGACUCAGGUUGCUCAGUUAAGAGUUGAAAACUCUUCUUUAGUAAACCGCCUAACUGAUGUAAGCCAAAAGUACAAUGAAGCGGCUGUUGACAACAGAGUUUUAAAAGCUGAUGUUGAAACACUGAGAGCAAAGAUCAAGAUGGCGGAGGAGAUGGUCAAAAGAAUGACUGGAUUGAACCACAUGUUCAAUCCAAUGUCGGAGAUAUCCUCAAUCAGCAUGCCAUCGUUCGACGGAAGCCCUUCUGACACCUCGACGGAUGCUGCUGUGCCAGUCCAAGAUGAGCCGAAUCAUCACUUUUAUCAAUCUAGUAAGCCUAACCCCGCACCUCCUCAUGAAAAGAAAGCUAGCAAUGAUACAGCAGAAAUCCCUUCGGUUGAAAUUGUGCAACCAAACUCAACAGGAGGGAACAAAAUGGGAAGAACAGGUUCGAUGCAGCGAGUGGCUAGCUUGGAACAUCUGCAGAAACGGUUUCGCAGUGGAGGAAAUGCUUGCGCGCCAGAGCAGUAGUAACAGCUUGGAAAGGGCUUUUGGAUUGCUGCAUCUGGGGCAAUACUGAUGUAUAGAUUAUCAUUAUUAUGUAAAAAGGGAAAAUUCUUCUAUUCUUCAGCUUAAGACAUUGUGGAUUAAUUUAUUAGUUAUUCUGGUACUUCUGAUGGACAAUUUGAUUCAUGGAAGUCAUUGAUAUUUCAAAAAGAAACCAUAUACGU